UAUACGUAUCACUUUUUGUUUUUAAGCCUGCAAUUUUUAGUGUCUGAUUUUACCCUGAGUUUUGAGGAUGUUUACCUUGCCUUCAUUCGCUGGUGCCCUGAUGUUGUGGGCUUCGUUGUCACCUCCGCUGGUCCAGGCCUGCCAAGGAGAUGAAUUACCGCGUGACAUGGUGCUUGGCUGGCUAAAACGACGGAUCCUUGACGGUUUGGGGAUGGAUGAGCCCCCUCUGCAAUUGCCUCUGCCAACACGGCAAGCGCUGAACAAAGUGGUACAUCAUGCAGCUUCACGAAUGACUAGAGAGACGAGACUCAAAAGAAGACACCAUCAGGAGUCUUCACAGGUCAUUCUGUUCCCAAGCUCAGAGUCUACGUGCAAGGACAUGUCCGAUAACUCCUCCGAGGCUGCAUCUGGUCACUUUACCUACUACUUUCAGCCCUCUCUGGACAGCCAGGACUCCAUCAUCACUUCUGCCCACUUCUGGUUCUAUGCUGGAGAGACCAUUGCUUCUAACAACACUUCAGCACCCCUUUUCAUCCUCACCCCUUACCACGAGCUGCUCCAAGCAUCCGUAAGUCCAGUCAGACGCUGCACCGAUGGCUGGACCACCUAUAAGUUAGACCUCCACCUCCACAUUGCCAUGGCUGUGGGCCCUUUCAUGCUGCAGGUCCGUUGCCCGUCCUGCAGUUGCUACGAUUCAGAAGAUAAAACCCCCUUUUUGCACCUCCACACCCGAUCGAGUGGCCCCGACCGCUCACGCAGAGCACCCAAAAUUCCUUGGUCACCAGCUGCUAUCGAAAAGCUCAGGAGACCUGCUUCUGAUGACACAGAUUGCAAAAGAGAACAGAUAGAAAUCUCAUUCGAGGACCUUGGCUGGGACAACUGGAUUGUUCAUCCUAAAGCCUUCACCUUCUACUACUGCCACGGCAACUGCUCCAGCACUGAGCGCAUUACUACUCUACUUGGCAUCGUCCAGUGCUGUGCUCCCGUUCCAGAGAGCAUGAAGUCCCUCCGCUUUACCACCACCUCAGACGGGGGAUACUCCUUCAAGUACGAGACCCUGCCUAACAUCAUACCAGAAGAGUGCAACUGCAUCUAACUCUCCGCUGUGGCUUAAAGAUUAUCUGCUUUAAAUGAAUGAUCAAAGCAAAUAAUGUUUUAAAACUGUGUAAAAGAUUGCAAACGUACCUUUAUCUAACUGUUAUAUUUAGUAACACUACAAUUUUGUUAAUACACCAAUAUCAGUUUUCUGUAAAACCUUGCUCAGUAAUGUUUAGAAAACAUAUACAGCGUCAACUCUUCGCAGUUUAUUUCCUUAUGCAAACAGACAUUUACAGAGAAAAGCAUCAUAACCUUGUAAACUAAACUAUAAUUUUGAAAAACUUAAAUUGCACAUUACCCAGACAUCUAUGACAACAGAUGACGGCCAGUGUAAGAAGGAAUCCAUUAAAUACAAGUAUUAACGGGCCUUUUUAGGCCACCGGCACGAAUGAAGUCAUUUAAAUACAUUUAUUCAUUUAGCAAGUGAUUGUAAGCAAAGUGACUAACAAAUGUGGUAAUAAAAGAAGCAUCAAACAAAUAUGGUCUUCAUCUCAUAUGGGUCUACAUUACAAACAUAUGUCAAAGUACCACUCCUUUGAUAAGAUGCAAAACUUUGUGUUGAAUAUUACUUGGGUCACCAAAUAUACAUGAUCAAAGACAAGUAACGUGCCUCUAUAUAAUGUCAUUGCAAAAUUGCAGUUUCCCCAUUAACCCCAUGUAAACCACAGAUAUAUAUAAUAAUGCAAUAACAUGUUGCAUAGAUUAUUUUUAAUAGUAAGUGUAUGCAGAAAAAUUUUAAUAAACAAUUCAAGUA